ACAGACAAGGACAAGGCAUCGAAGUCAUUGUUUUCAUGUCAAUCAGUGGUACUUUGUGUUUUUACAGAACGAAAAUUGGAAAAUCCAGUCUAUAAUGAUUGAUUUGAGUUAUUUAGGCGAUUCCAGACCCUUCAAAAUGUGCUUCACAGACUUACCAUGAAACCGUUAUCCCUCAUUUGAUGGAAAAUGAACCCGGGAAAUUCAAUCAGGUUUGCUGAUUACUUUGUUAUAUCUGGACUUGACUUCACAUCAGGUCUAGAGCCUGAUUUAUUUUCAAGUGACACACUCCAGGCCACUCCUCUUGAACGACCGUACAAAUGCAAAGUGUUGGGGCACUAUCCUGAUAAUGUUUCAUGGCAUCCCUUUGAUGCGAAUGGAGUUUGCAUGCUAUGCCUUCCUCAAGGAUUGCAGUUCCGCACUCAAAAGCAUUCAGUAGCCCCUAAAUUUCACAGCUUUGUUAUCACUCGUGAAGAUGGAUCCCGCACAUACGGUGCCAGCUAUGUAUUUUUUGAGGAAGUGCGCAAUAAAAAGAUUUGCACGGCAAUGCAAACACUACAGGCCAUGCAUCUUACAGAGCUGUCAGAAGGAGUGGGCCGAACUAAAGGAGUAGCAGAGCAAAAUGCCAGCUCAAGAUCUCUACCUAGGCAUUUUAAACUCUCAGGACACCACCCUAAAGAUGCUCAAAGUUACUAUGAUGCCACCAAAGACACUUUAUUUGUCACCAAGAGUAUUGCUCUCCUUGGUCAACUUCCAUUUGUGCGAGCAGCACAACUUUUUCUUUCAACUCUUCAUAGAUAUGUCAUGAUGGGUGGUCCUCAGAAUGGGGGCUUAAGUACAGAGAGCUUUGUAUACAAUCUUCUAUAUGAAGUAACGGUCCCAUUGCCUGGAAGAUCAACAAGAAUUUCAUUUUUCCCUCCAACUCUUCCUUCGCUGGGCUCAGAUCCAUCCCUUAUAAUUCAGCGGCCAUCUUCCAUUGAAGAAUUACCAUUAUUUGACUUCCCUCUUCGGCAAUUUUUUUCUUUGCUUGGGGCCAAUACUAUUGUACAGAUAUUUACUUGUGUUCUGCUUGAAAACCAAGUCAUGCUCAGCUCUUCUGAUUAUCAGCGUUUGACAUUAGUUGCAGAAGCUCUUGUAUGCCUCCUUUUCCCAUUCACAUGGCAACAUGUUUAUGUUCCAAUUCUCCCAGCAUCUCUUCAACAUUUUUUAGAUGCCCCUGUUCCAUUUGUAAUGGGACUUCAUAGUUGUGAGCCAAGAUUAAAAAUGGCCAGUGAGGCAAAUCUUUGCUAUCUGGAUAUUGAUAGAUGCACACUUCAGUUGCCCGAAGAACUGCCCAAUUUUCCGCAACGUAAUGAAUUUAUUGCUGAAGUAAAUGAUGUUCUGAGGAGAUAUAAUGUUAGCACCCACAUCAAUGGACCUGUAGACAGAAAUCUUAACGAGUUCAGUGAGAAACCAUCAUCUGGGAUUCCUAUAAGUCGUACUGUGGCUCCUGGAGUUGCAGCUGUACAGUCAGACAUAAUGUCAACAAGCUGCACCUUGCCCUCGGGACCUCACCGCUUCCGCAGGAAACACUCUUGGGCUCAACCAGAAAAGGAGGGAGAUUCAAGGCCCCAAAGUCCAGAUGAUGCCUCAGAUGCUUUAGCAAGACUAGUAGCUAUUGCCAAAAGAACAGGAGUUAAUCUAGACGGCAUUGAUAGCAAUUUGAACUGUGACGAGCCUUAUAAUGAUACUGGAAAUGAAAACGUAGUGAAAAUUCGGUCGGAACCAAAAACUGAACAAGAGUUGUAUGCUGAUGACUUGCGUUUUAACAACACUAUAAGAGAAGUUUUUCUCAAUAGAUUUGUUCAUAUCUUUGUGGCUUAUGAGAAGUUUGUCAUUCUGCCUAGUCAGGUGAAAGAAGAAGAAUGGAUGAGCAACAGAGAGUCAACUCAAAAUUUUGACAAAGCAUCUUUUCUAUCUGAUCAACCAGAACAACAUCUACCCUUUUUGUCUCGUUUUAUUGAAAGCCAAAUGUUUGCAACCUUAGUUGACAAUAAAAUCCUUAGUAUGUGGGGCAAAAUGGAAGCAAACCUGCGUGUCUUUGAAAGACGUAUAUGUUCGCUAAGGAAUCGUUUAGGAGCAGGUGAAAGCCUUGCCAGAGCCCCAGUUUAUGAGCCCACCCCUUAUGUGUGUGAUUCUGCACUAUUGCUGGAAAAGAGAUUAUCAACAGUGGAUACAAUUGCACCUAAGCCUCAAGAAGUCCUUUCUCAUUCUGUUGUGGCUCAGCCUACAAAACCAUCCCGAGCUCACAAUAGGGUCCGAAGCUUUUCAUUAUUGGAGUCUUCUAUUCUAAACCCUCAAGUAACUUACAGGUCCAAAAAGAGAAACAGUGUGCAGCUCAGACCUCACCGUAAAGAACGUGAAAGAAAUAAUUCUGUCAGUGGAGGAAAUAGUAGCAAUUCCACUACUGCCUCAACAGAAAACGUCAAUGAUACACCAAUUAAGAGCCAAGCAGUGGGCCACUUUGAUUUGAAACACAGUGGCAGUCAACAUAGCCUCAAUAAUGAAUCAGCGUGUAACUCUGCCUCAAAUAGUGGCCAAACAUCCCCUACAUCAUCUGCUUCUGGUGAUACACCAUUGCAAGGUGAUGGGCUUGCAAAGCCCCCCCUACCCUCGAUUAGUAGUUCUGGAGAUGCAGAUCUAGCUGCAACCAAGGCGUCAAAUAGGCAAUCCAAGAUUUUCACCAGUGAUCCUAGUCCCGCUGUAAUAGCACAAACUAACUGGACCUUUGUGGAGACAAUGCUAAGUGAAAUAAGAAGCAGAACUAAACGGAUGCUGUUGGAGAAAAUGGGAACGGAGGCUGUGGAGCUUGGGCACGGUGGAGAAGGCUCAAUAGUCGGUAUUGAAGAAAAUACCCUCAUAGCUGGACUGUGUGAUUUGCUUGAACGAGUGUGGUCUCAUGGUCUGCACAACAAACAAGGAAAAUCAUCUCUGUGGUCCCAUCUUCUAAGUUACCAAGAAAAGGUGGAUGUAGUAAAACCAACAGAUCCUUCUUUUUUGACUCCAGUGAAUGUCGCCUCAAAACCAGCAAGCACCAUAUCUCCUAUUCGAGACCUAUCCAGAAAAAUAUUUUUUUCUGGUAACUCUCACAGAAUAUUUGAUAUAGCUUCUUUCCAUGCUGUGAAUCAAGAUCUCCAUUCUAUGGCACUUGAACCAGACUCUUCUCCUAACGGCCGCGGGCGCUCAGAACGUUGUCGAUCGUUAGAUCGAAAGCAAUCUCCUGCUGAGCGUAAAAGCCUGGGCUUGGAGACACAGCCAAACUCUAUGCUAAAGCCUCUGCCUGUUUCUGUAACAUUUGACAUGAGAAAUGUCCAAUCAAUGACUGAUAUCAAAACUCAUAUUGGGUAUGCUAGAGCAUGGGUAAGAUUAUCUCUUGAAAAGAAGCUCCUUUCAAAACACCUACGAACUCUUCUAUCUGAUACAUCUUUACUAAAAGUUCACUAUAAACGCUAUGCCUUUCUGCGCUGUGAAGAAGAGCGAGAACAAUUUCUGUAUCAUCUUCUGUCUCUCAAUGCUGUUGACUAUUUAUGCUUUACCAAUACCUACAAUACUACCAAGAUGCCAUAUCGAGUUAUCUUAUUACCGUCUCGAAAAUAUGGUGCAGCUACUACUUCUGCAAAUUCCUGGGUUCAAGUAGCUGGUACUGCAGGGGAGUCAACCCAAGUACCUGUUCCCCGUGGUCAGACUGAAUUUGUCUUUCAGCAUAAGAAUAUGGGAGUACUUACCACUCUUCGAAUAGGACAUGAUAAUUACGGCCUAUCUCCCAAAUGGAUGGUAGAAUAUGUUUUAGUGAGGAAUGAGAUGACAGGGCAUACUUACAAAUUUCCCUGUGGGCGUUGGCUUGGACGAGGAAUUGAUGAUGGUUCCACGGAAAGGCUACUUAUAGGAGAGCUUUUACCAAACUCUGACCCUAGAAGUGAAAUAGCUGAAACAUGCAGUACUCCACCAAGAUGUCGCAGCCCUUCUCUUCCAAAAGAGAACAGAAAAGACAACAAACUCUCAAUACCUGAAAUUCAGCACAUGUUAGGUGACUGUGUAAACAACAUUGUUAAACUUCACUAUCGCCGUCGUAGCCAACCACAUGCCCGGGACAACAGUUCGUUGACAGUACUGCUUUGUGGUGAAAUGGGCCUUGUGUCUUGUCUUGAACAUGCAUUUCUUGUUGGAUUUAAAUCUGCCCGACUGUUUGGAAAAAAUCUGUACCUUUGGGAUUAUUUUGUACGAGUUAAAGAGCAAUUUUCGGAAGAGCAACCAAUCCCAGUUCCGAAAGGCAGAGUGCAACAGCAAAAAGAGCGCUUAGAACGAAUGGAGAGGGCUGAAAGAGCUGAACGCUGGGACAGGGGCCGUGGCUGCCUUCAGGAGCGUCAACCACUGUUCGUAGAGCAAAAUUGUACUCAGGGAGAAACGCUGGCUGGGGAAACUCGUCUCGCAUAUUGUGAGCUCAUCAACAAUGUUGAGCAAUGCAGCCAUACUCUAGGCAAAGAUGGGAAAUUUCAACUGUUUAUCUGCCUGGCAACAAGAGAUCAUAUUCUUUCUCGUAUGAUUCGGGAACUCUCAGCAGCAAGAGUUACUCAAGAAAUGUAUGAAGAGAAUUCCUUCCUUCGUGACCAAAUGCUUCUGACUACUCUACACCAGCUGUUGGCUUCAUUGGAUGAACUUGAUAUUGUAUUGGAAAAUUCAAUUACAAAAGGAAUUGGUAGAUAGAGAUUUUUAUUUUUUAACUUUUAUUUUUAAAUUGUGAAUCUCAAUUUGGUUUGUACAAAAUUGUUUAAAUUAACUUCUUCCCUUUCCCUUCUUGAGUUUAUGUUUUGUUUUUCUUUGCCUUCAGCUUCUGGAUGCCUCUUUAAUAUUGUUACGUGGAUAAUAUUUUUGAAAUACUCUAAUCUACAUGUGUUCUUUUGGUAUCAUUUGCGCUCUCUCAUUUUCGUCUUGGAGUUUUUAGUGUACUGCUUGCCUUUGAAAUGUGUUUUGAUUUGCUUUGUUGAGGUUGAUGGUUUAAACUUAUGAUCUCAUUUCUCCUACUUUUUCCAUUUUCAACAUCUUGAUACUCAGUUGUAAUUAUCAUGAAUUUUGGCUCAAUGCUGUGAGAAGUGGCUCCUCACAAGCCCGCAAUCUCUGUGUAGGUGUAAGAGAGUUUAAGUCUCCUUUGGUUUGAUUCAAUGUGUUGUACACUGUACCUUAGUCUCAACGGACGUCAUUUAGUGUAGUUUGAAAAAUCUUGAAAAAUCCACUAGUAUUUGUUAUUGUUAUCGGCAAUGUGUCUGUUGAGUCUAGUUAAUGACUCCUUUGGCAUGUGUGUUUUAAAUCCCACAUAAGUGAAUUUUAUGACACUCUUGCAGUUGAGGCUGUCUGUAUAAUUGUUUUGAUUUGUUUGUAAUAGACUUUUUUGUUUUAUUUAGUUUUUUUUUUUUUGUUUCAUUGAGUGCCAUAUAUUGUUACCAGCUUUUUUUUAGUCAACAUGAGAAUAUAAGUACGACUUGUUUUAGGAAGGAUAUGAUCAGUCUUUUGCCAAGCCAUUUUUCUUCAAUUGUUUGGUGUGGUUUACUGCCUGUGAAAAUGUCUCCAAAUCGAGGCAACACUCAUGAUUGUUAAGAAUGUAUUAGUUUGUGCAGCUAAAUCUGCAAGCACUGACCCGUUAGAAUGUACAAUCAUAUGCAGCUAUAUCUGAUAACCAUACAUUUUGUAGUGUGGCUUUAAUGUCUUAGGCUAACUGUUUCUAGAGUGAGUUAGAGUUCAAGCUAUUCUGUUCCCCUACCCAAUGUGGUGAAUUAUGUUUCUUUUAACAUCACAAAAUUUUGAAACUCUCUUCAGCAGAACGGCAAAAAGGUUUGAAGGAUAUAAUUUGGUGUUUGGAAGAGAUUGGGUAAAUGCUCAUCAUAAAGGUUGGAGAUCUUUGAUCAGCUGAAAUAAACAUCGUAAUGAAUUGGGCAUCUGCAUAAGUAAUAUGUGUACAACACUAUUAGGCCUUCUCUCCUAUUUUCCUUGUGAUGCAUCGCACUGACAUUUUAGUUGUUUUUUUCUUUGUUGUUGUUUAGUUUUUGAAUCGUUCAAGUUCAAACUGCCUUUUGACAUGUACUCAUUUAUUCAUACUGCAACCUCAGGCAGUAAAGUAUCAGCAUAUUUUGAAACUGAAGACAGAGUAUGUAAAUUUGAUUCUAUCAGAGUUUUAAUUAAUCUUGAAUUGUGAUAUUUAUAAGUAUGAAAACUCUAUUGAUGUAAUUGUACAAUGUUCCUUAUUUGUUGUGCUAGAUUGUUUUGUUAAUAUUUUUUUGUUUUACAUUGUAGCAGCUCUUUGAAGCAGUUCAUUUGAUAAGCAAGAUCGGAGCUGCUGUGUAUCUUCUCAAGCUUAACAUUGUUUAAUUGUUCCUUCUGAGGCUUUUUUUAAUUUUAUUUUGGAAAAUUUAAUCGUUUUGUGUGUGUUUGUUUUUGUCUGAGUUUUAAAAUCCUCUGGGUGUAAAAGAUUGCAUGUGAGUUACUAUGUUUUCUUUUACUUAAGAUAUUAUAAAAGAGCAGACGAAUAUUUCUUUAUAUGAGGAAGCAUUUUAAAUGACAAUAUGAGUGUAUUCUUAUUGGGUGUGGAUUACUUUCCAUGUAUGGUAGGAGUAGAGAGGUAAUGCUCAGCUCAUAAACAUUUCCUCUCUGUUUGGUUCUUUGGUGAAUGGUUUUCCAGUGAGCUUUGAUUUAAGGUCCUUAUUAUGGUUUCAGUAGCCAACUGUUGUAUGUAUCAUGGACUUCAUGACUAGCUUUAUUCUUAGAUAUUAAUGAAAAAUACUGUCACAAACCUUGUUCGUGUAAGCCUCAAAUUUGGGAACAGAGUGAUGUUACUACAAAUGCCAUCAUUUGGGCUGAGCACUUACAUUACCAAAGAUUUUGAGGCCUCAUUUUUGAACUGUGAUACUUUUAGGGUGGGCCUUUUUCCAGUCUCCAUAGCUAUCCCAUGUAUGAAUUUUCGUCUUUGUGUGGCAACUUUUAUUAUGACAUGAGACUGUAAAUAUUGCAUUAAAAUCCACUUUACAGUUGUCUUCUGUGAGAUGUUUGCUUAUUGCUGUGAGUUAAAAAUUAUUCUGAUUGUACUCGUACUCUGGUCUAUAGGUAAUGAUCCUACAGCCAUGUAUUGUGAAAUGAAUAAUAAAUGUCUCCAAAGCUAA